AAUUUUGCGUCUAUAUCAGUUAAGAAAAUAUGGAACGCUACCCAGUCGUGAUUGACGAGCUUUAGAAGUGAAGACCAUUAGCGGUUCGGGAUAUCGUGGGAGCUUCACUUUUCUACUUCGCUUCCUCCAGCAUUUGUCGGGAACAAACUACGUAAUUUAUCGUACAAAAUUCCAUUAAGCCUAAAAAAUCGAGUAACCCUUCGCGUGCAUACUUAACCAUCAAAACGUUCUAACGUACUUUAAAGGGUACCAAAUUCACCUCUUCUGUAAUAUGAAUAUAAUACCGUGCUUCCUUGGAGUAGUGGUUCUCUUCUGCGUCGUAUCCUUUGAAUCGGUUGAUGGAAUAUUUUUCAUUUCAAUACCAAACUUCGAUACAAAUCUACGUGUGCAAAGUAAUCCUUUUUUGAAGUGGUGGAAUCUUUUGAACCGGAGGACAACCCCGAAGCCUUACACUAGUGUCAAAUCAUGCCCUGCUUGCACAUGUGGAAAACCUAACAUAAAUCGGCGUAUUGUUGGUGGACAGGAAACCCAAAAGAAUCAGUAUCCAUGGGUGGGGAUGCUUUACCAUUCGAAUCGGUACUACUGCGGACUGAGUCUAAUCAACGAUCGAUAUGCAUUAACUGCGUGCCAUUGUGUUAAUGGAUUCAGACGAGAAUCAAUGACUGUGCGGUUCCUUCAGCAUAACCGAAACAUUAAGGAUUCGGAGAUAAUUGAAAGACUGGUUUCCAAGGUGAUUCAGCAUCCAAGCUACGUUGCCAGGACCUUCGAAAGUGACAUUGCUCUUUUGCGUCUAAGCUCCCCCAUCAUAUUCAACGAGUUGAUCCAUCCUGUUUGCCUGCCAGAGGCGAAUGAAUCUUUCAUUGGACAAAAUGGGAUAGUAAUGGGAUGGGGAGCCUUAUCGGAAAUCGGCCCGGUUGCAAACACGCUGCAGGAAGUCCUAGUGCCAAUCAUAGAUAACGCCCAAUGCAAACGAUAUUUCCCAUUCGAAGUGAUCAGUUCGAAUAUGUUUUGCGCCGGUUAUAAGAUGGGCCUCAAGGAUGCAUGCCAGGGAGAUAGUGGUGGCCCAUUGCAUGUGGUUAACAACGGACAGUAUCAGAUUGCAGGCUUGGUGUCAUGGGGUGAUGGCUGCGCAAGACCGAACAAACCAGGAGUGUACACCAAAGUUAACAAUUUUCUGCCAUGGAUUAAAUCCUACACUACAGACGCUUGCUAUUGUUAAAGGAACCCACCGAACCAUGUAAUAAUGUGUUAUGUCCUUUCAGUCUCACGAUACUAAAGAUUGCUUGCUCCUUGCAAAAAUAAAGUCAAUGAAUGCAUU